AUGGCCAGUACAACCAUUAAGCAUACCGUCACAACUGCCAGAAGUAGAAAAACAGCUCUGCCUGAUGAUCGACACGCAACCGGAACUAAUCUGGAACUAAUCUUCUUAUGCUUCAACAAACUUGUCAGAACCAUCGCCUACCGCCUGCGAUUGAAAAACCCUAAGCAACAUCGCGGACCUCUCAGCACAGAAGAAUUGGAAGGGGCACACGAUCGGAUAAUAAGAUCGGUGCAACACAGCCACUUUCCAACGGAACUUCACGACCUUAGAAAGUUCAACAAGGUAAACUCCAAAAGCAGACUACUGCCUCUAAACCCCUUCCUGGACGAACAGGGAAUCAUGCGAGUCGGAGGUCGUCUACAUCGAUCCAACUUGCCAUACAACAGAAGACAUCAAAUCAUCAUUCCGAAGACACAUCAUGUUACAUCGCUAAUAAUCAGUCAAUACCAUAGAAGAAACUUCCAUGCAGGAACAUUGGCCACGCUUCAUUGCAUCAGGCAGAAAUAUUGGCCCCUGGACGGCAGGAAUCAAAUACGUUUCGUCCUGCGGAAGUGCAUCCAGUGUUUUCGCGCCAAUCCACCGGUGAGCGAGUGCAUCAUGGGGCAGCUGCCAGCGGCACGAGUGACGCAAUCGCGCCCCUUUGAGACCGUCGGGGUCGACUACUGCGGCCCCUUCAUGACCAAGGAGAAAAAGUUUCGGAACCGCAAAUCAGUCAAGACGUACGUGGCAGUCUUCGUCUCCCUAGCUGUGAAGGCAGUGCAUCUAGAGGUGGUCAGCGAUCUGAUCACCGAUGGAUUCAUCGCCGCCUUCAGACGAUUCAUCGCCCGAAGGGGGAAGUGCAGAGAAAUAACAUCGGACAGUGCAUCUAGCUUCGUCGGGGCAAAAAAUCAACUGGCAGAACUAUACGCCGACCCACAACACACGAACAUCCGAAUUCGCAGCCUCCGAAG